CUUGACGAGAGAGGUGCACUUACUGGGAUAAAAAUGGAUUUUAAUCUGGAGUCAGGUAGGCUAAACUUCAUGUUAUUGGUGUCAGGUUGCUAUAAUGUGAUUCUUACACUCAUGGAUCUUGGUUGACUUUAUUUUUUGGGCAGGUGUUUAGACCAGCAACAUGGACUCUUUAAUAUCCAAUAUGUAUCUGAUAUAUGAUCAAUGAAGGCCUAUGUAAAAAUCAAAAAUGAGAAAGUGUGCUACUUUUCUAACCUUUUUUCUGAUUGUUAUUCUGAUCCUGCUUGUAAGUUGUUCUUAUCUAAAUGCAACAUUCAUUCUGACUCAAUCCUUGAAAGCUAAUCAUCUUGCAUCUGUUCUGUAUGAAUGCAGCUUUAGAUAAGGAUAAGGAAGGAGAGGUGAAAAAAGAAGAUGCUCAAAAGGAUGAAUUCAGUUGGCCCUGGAAUAAAGACAAGGUAAGGGCAAUCAUUGUGGAAAUUACAAGUGAGAUACCCAUGUAGUUUAUGCAGGUGGGGGCUCUUGUCAGUCAAUAUCUAAAAGUUGUUUUUUUCUUGUAAAUAUACAUCACCCAAAUGUACCUAAUUCAGUUGUUUACUCAAAGCUAAGUAAUCUGAUAAGAAAAAUACAGAUUUAUUGAAAUUAAUUGCCAAUUUUAGGACAAAGGCAAAUCUGAAGACAAGGAAAAGUCAAAGUCCGACAAAGACAAAUCUGGAGACAAGGAAAAGUCAAAGUCCGACAAAGACAAAUCUGAAGACAAAGAAAAGUCAAAGUCUCACAAAAGCAAAUCUGGAGACGAGGAGAAGGGUGACAAAGAUGAACAUGGGACAAAGAAGAAGAAGGAGAAGAAGAAGAAGAAGAAGAAGGAGGGCGGGGGGAGUAACACCUCCUCAUCCUCAUCAUCCUCCUCCUCCAGUAGUGAUGAGGUAGGCCAACAGUUGAAGUUCAUUUCUAGACCUCUAUUCCAACAACUCUAUUAGAGCCCUAGAGAUGUCUUUCUUUAUUUCGCUCUUUCUUUCUCUACCUUCCCUCUUAACAAGUCAUGUGUUGUCAGUCCCAGUAUAUUUUGAAGUCAAGGUGUAAGAGAUUGCAGGUAACAUACCUGUCACACCCUGUUUAAAUGUUUGGUGUGAUUAUGCAACACCUAUAACAAGUCAGACCGGCAGUGCCAGUCAGUGAGACUCAACACCACUCCCCUCUCUGUGUUUGUGCUGCCGUUUUUGUUUAUUGUCCAUUCCUGUAUAUCAACUUUUGCUUUCCUGUCACUGUAAGCCAAGGCAUUAGGCUUCAUUCAAUGAAAGCAGUGUUACACCUUGGUAGACCAAUGCAAAUGUUUCUUACUCUAAGCAAAACAGAGAGUAGGCACGCCUAGGGUAUAGGAGAAGGGGUGUGUCAUAAAGGAAUCUUGACUAUGAAAAGGUGCUGUGGUAUUUUAAUUGUGCUUUGAAUAAUCCUGCUCCCCUUCUAAAGUAACAGAAUUGUUUUUGUCAUUUCAGAAAUGAUGCUUCCUGUGAAACUGGGC